CAAUGCAAUCGUAGCAUAUUGCGUAAUGUUAGGGUUUAAUAGGAAACCGUAGCAGUAUAUCACAGUCAAGGAAGAUAAGCAAAUGGAAUCUGAAACCACAUGAGUAAAGCGUGAGUCAUCAUUUGAUGAGAGGGCCAUGCCGCACUCCAAAUACGCCCCAACAUCAGAGACGACAAACACGUCACGCAUACUGCUCAUGAUUUCUGGACCAUGCACAGAUAUGUUACGUGACGUUUUGAAGAUGGAAAUAAAACCGAAUGAACUGUCAGAUAAAGUGAAAGCAUGGAUGAACAAGGACCAAGAUUGGAAAAAACUCAGUAAAUCUCAGCAUGAACAAAUAUUUCCUCUUCCUUCAAAGCAAUAUCAUGGGGAUUACUCCGAUUUGGAAAUAUCUCUUCUGUAUAUUCUUCUCCGAAACAUUUGCAACAUUUCACCUCAUUCGAGAGGCUGGGGAGUGGAACCAGAUCCGGGUGAUCGGAGCGUUUCGAGCAAUAUAGAAAGAAUUCGUUUAAUACGAAACAAGUAUGGCCACAGAUCCACCAUGUCGCUGUUAUAUACGGAAUUUUUGGAGGAAUGUCGGCAGAUUCACUUUAUUGCUGUCGAGCUAGAUGUUCACCUGAAGAAUCAGAAUGUUUAUUCUAAGGCUGUAGCCGACUUAAAAACAUGCCCAAUGGAGCUAGAUCAGAGCACUGAAAAAAGUAUACGGACAACGACUGCUAUACUAGAGAUGCACAAAACAGAAAUGGAGCAUUUUCUUGUUGAAACGCGAGCCUUUAGAAGAGUUAUAGAAUUGCUGGAUGAAAAGGGACAUGUUGUGAUAAAAGGAAAUCCCGGUAGUGGAAAGACAACAUUAGCAAAAUACGCCUUAAGUGUUAUGUGUGAAAGAGGAAAACGUCCAUUUCAAAUAUAUAGCAUGAAAGAUCUAUGUGGACAAAUAUCCCCCGGUGAGAACAUUUCCAUUUUCAUUGAUAACAUGUUUGGGGAGUACUCUUUAAAAGAUGACGAAGUUCACGACUUUAAUGUGCGAGAGGAAUUCUUCAAAAGUAUAACCCAGAGAAGCAAAACUGGCACUAGUAAUAUACUGAUCAUGACAAUAAGAAGUGACAUUUACAAUGAAUGCACAAAGUUGAUGGAAAAUGAAAAGUUAGCAUCUUCUAUGCUUGAUAUAUCCAGUGGUGAAUAUGAACUGCAAAUCGAAGAAAUACAAACACUUUUGCAAAAAUAUGGAUUACAGAAUGUCACCACCUUAUUAGGCGAGAAUUUUAGAUUUUCAGGACCACUGGGAUUUCCUCAAUGCUGUAGACUUAUGCGAGAUACAUGUGAUAUUGAUCUUGAAAAAGAGCUUUUAGACUUUUGUAAGAGACCUUUAUCGUUUUUAAGGGAAUAUUUGAAGAGGCAAUUAAGUACAAAUCCAAUAGCUCCGAAAAAUGCUGUGCUUAUCUACCUUCUGCUAAAUGGGGGUUUCGUCAAAUCAUCUGUGAUCUUAUCCGUGUCAGAGGACAAAGAAAAGAAAAGAAUUUCGUCAGAAAUGAUAGGAAUAACGGGUAUCAAUUUCAUUAUGAAAUUUCAAACCAGCGUGAAUGAUUACCGAGGAUUUUUAAUUACAAUCGACUCUGUAGACGAUGUGUAUAUGUUUUCUCAUAGUUCUGUGCAGGAAAGCACUUUCAAAGUCUUUUGUGAAUUUUACCCAGAAAAGAUAAUAGAGAACUGUGAUCCUUAUCUCCUUGAAAAUCUUACCACAAAUCCCAGGCAUAACGACACGCAAGUCAAAGUUACGGAAAACUUGUUUCACGUUAUAUUUUCAAGAAUUCUGAAGAUUAUCGACGAUACAGAAAUUUCUGGUUUUGAGUCAAUUUCCUUGUUAGAUUUGUGGAAAGAUGAGACUUUUUUGGAGAAAUUCCGUAGCAAUAAAACAUGGUUCCUUGCAUUAUCGGAAAAGCGAGACAAAGAUGGGAUGUCUCUAAUGGUACACUUUGCACGAGCUGGAAAUAGUAAAUGGAUUGAUUAUCUUCUACCCGACUCGGAUGAGCAACAAAAAUACUUCUCGCUUAACGCGGCAUGCGCAAGAAACCAGAAACCAAUUGUUGACAGACUUCUAUCUGUUAACACCAAAUGUGACUUAACGACCUGCUUUUUUGCUGUGCAAAGUGGAAAUUUGGAGCUGCUCCUUCGACUAUGCGAAUCUAUGAACUUGAUGGAAAUUGCACAUUCUUUACAUCCAAUGUGGAUAAGUGUAAAAGGCAGUUUACUUCGAGAGAUUUGUUUGAUGGGUAAGAACGAUUUUAUUGACCCUGUGUUACACCGUUUCCCCCACCUCAUUAAUGUUAAAGAUGAACAAAGCAGCAGUACAUUACAAUUUGUCGCAUAUGCAGGAGAGAUCGAGAUAUUUCAAAAAUUGGUAAGGAAAGGGUGCGAUGUUUUUGAAAGAACCAACCAUGGAUCCACUGUUCUACACUUUGCAUGCCAAGGCGGUAAACUAGAAAUGGUUAAAUUUAUCAUCAUGAAUUAUCCAGAUUUGUUGCAAUCAGAGUAUAAUGAUUUCGACGGUUGGUCACCUUUACACUGGACUGCCCAAUCAGGACGCAUUGAUCUACUUAAUUUUCUCUUAGACAAAGAAAAUUAUUUCAGAUUCGAUCGUGAAACUUUAAAUAUCAGUGAUCGAACAGCUCUAGGUAAAACUGUUUUUCACAUAGCAUGUAUGAAGGGCAAUUUGGAAAUGUGUCGAUAUUUAUCAGAGCAUUAUCCUACUAUAGUAAAUAUGGAGGAUUACGAUAAUGAGAAUGUUUUGCAUGAUGCAGCUUGGGGAGGCAAUGUGAAAUUGUUUGAGUUUUUGGUCGGGGCCAAAUUUGAUGCAAACUCCACACGAAAUGAUGGGAAAACCGUAUUGCACCAGUGUUGCAUGAGCGGUAAGAUAGAUAUGUGCAAGGAUAUAUUGGUCUGUCAUGCCGAACUACUUAAUGUAAAGGACAGGUUUGGAUACAGUGCUCUCCAUGAUGCAGCCUGGGGCGGAAACAUCGAGCUCUUUGGCUUUUUACUGGGGAAGGGUUUGAAUAUCAAUUGCAGAGCAAAUAAUGGUAAAACCGUUCUACAUGCAUGCUGUCAGAAUGGGAAAGUGGAUAUGUGUAUGUACCUCGUGAACGAGGAUGCUAACUUACUUUCAGUUAGAGACAACAAUGGAUACACCGUAUUACAUGAUGCAGCUAAAAGCCAAAGCAAAGACCUUUUCGAAUAUUUGCUUACAAAAGGCUUACAGGUCAAUGGAUUGACACAGCUUGGUAAAACCGUGCUACAUGUUGCAUGUAUAGAAAAUAAUGUCUUCAUGGUCGAAUAUCUAGCUAGUCAAUACCCCCUGUUACUGGGAGUCGUAGACUACAAUGGUAACAAUGUUUUGCAUGAUGCAGCAUGGGGAGGUACAAAAGAGUUGCUAGCGUGUCUUGUCUGUGAAGGUUUAGAUACUAAUGCAACACGAACAGACGGGAAAACCAUACUACAUAUGUGUUGUAUGAACGGGAAAUUGAACAUGGCUACGCAUAUUAUUGACCAUUAUCCAUGUUUACUUUUCGUGAGAGACCGGGAUGGAUACACAGCAUUGCACGAUUCUGUCAAAGGACAAAGCACGGAACUAGUGUCCUACUUACUUUCAAAAGGAUUACUUGUUACUGACAGAACUUUUAUGGAUCAAACCAUCUUACAUGUUGCUUGCAUGAGAGGACAAUAUCAUAUGUGCAAGUAUUUGGUCGAUAAUUUUCUUAAUCUAUUAAAUGAAAAUGACAAAUACGGUAACAGUAUCUUACAUGCAACGGCUUGGGGAGGCAAUGUUGAUCUCCUGAUGCUUUUGUUGGUGCAUGGGUUGGAAAUCAAUUGCAAGAGAAAUGAUGGAAAAACUGUCCUACACAUGAGCUGCAUGAACGGCAAGAUAAGCAUGUGUCGCUACUUACUGUUUUAUUAUCCUCAUUUACAGCACGUCAGGGACGAUAACGGGGAAGAAGCCUUGCAAAAUGCUGUAUUAUUGGGUCAUAGUGACCUUAUCGAUAUCCAGUCAGCUCACGUAUCAGAUAGUGUUAUUUUAUAUAAACGCAGGACAAGCUAGAAAUAGGAUUAUAAAGCUUCAAAGAGACGCCAAAUUUUUUUUUUUUUUCAAAACGUCAUUAACAUGCUCUACAAUAAACCGUUCAUUUGUAAUGUGUUCUAUUAUAUGCAUGUACAUGUAUAUCAAUAUGAAUGUUCAUUUUCUGUUACACUAACAUUACAUAUUUACAAAUGGAGACUACUAAUUCGGUUUACAAAUGGAUACUAGUAAUCUGGACAGUAUGAACAUUAUGCCGAAUUAAAGAAUAUAUAUUUUUA